CCAGCCGCUCUCUCACUUCCGCCCAGGUGAGGGCCGGGGCGGAGGGGGGGGGUGCUCCCGACUCCCGCGAACCCCACCUUUCUGGGUCCCUGAGCCAGCGCCCACCUCCCGCACCCACUCCUUGGGACCGACCAGAUUUUUCCAGUUGUUUGAAGAGAACAGUCCAAGAUGCCGGAAAAUCCUGCAGCAAAUAAGCUGCAGAUUCUGCAGGUCCUCGAGCGGCUGCAAAUGAAAUUGCAAGACAGGGGUGACACCUCCCAGAAUGAGAAACUUGCCUUGUUUUGUGAGACACUGAAGAGCCCUCUCUUCAACCAGAUUCUUACAAUUCAGCAAUCCAUCAGACAACUGAAGGGCCAGCUUAGCCACAUUCCUUCAGACUGCCCGGCCAACUUUGAUUUUUCCAGGAAAGGGUUGCUUGUGUUUACUGACUCCUCCAUCGCCAAUGGGAAUGCCCACACAGCCUUUAAUAACUCAGGUGGUGUGUUUCCUUGGCCUCCACGUUCCAGAAAUGAGGAAUUUAACUCUGUCAUCCAACAGAUGGCCCAGGGCAGACAGAUUGAAUAUAUAGAUAUAGCAAAGCCAUCUACUGGAGGUCUGGGAUUCAGUGUGGUGACUGUAAGAAAGCAAAAUGCUGGAGGCGAAGGAGGUGUGGAUCUCUUUGUGAAGGAAGUCCAGCCAGGAAGCAUAGCAGACAGAGAUCAACGAUUAAAGGAAAAUGACCAAAUCCUGGCCAUCAAUCACACCCUCCUGGACAGGAACAUCACCCAUCAACAAGCUAUCACUCUGCUCCAGCAGUGCAUGGGAUCUCUGCAUUUGGUUGUUGCUAGGGGAACUCGACAAUGGCCAGGCCAAAGUUCAACUAGCCUGAGUGAUCUAAACCCUUCAGAGAAGGUUUGCUGGGGUCAUGUUGAAGAUGUUGAACUUGUUAAUGAUGGUUCCGGCUUAGGUUUUGGAAUUGUUGGUGGGAAAUCGAGUGGUGUGGUUGUGAAGACGAUUGUUCCUGGAGGAUUAGCUCAUCGGAAUGGAAAGCUCCAGACUGGGGACCAUAUCUUGAAGAUCGGAGACACGAAUGUGCAAGGGAUGAGCAGUGAACAAGUUGCCCAAGUCCUGAGGAACUGUGGGAAUUUUGUGCGGAUGGUAGUGGCAAGAGAUCCUAUUGGUGAAAUUACUGUGACUCCUCCAACUCCAACAAGCUUGCCUGUGGUCACACUGCCAUCUAUGUCCUCUGGUAACCAGAGAUCUGUUGACCCCUCUCUUUUUGAUACUUAUGAUGUUGAACUCACUAAAAAAGAUGGCCAAAGUCUUGGCAUUACAAUCAUUGGGUACACCGGGUCCUCACAAACAGGGGAUGUCUCAGGAAUUUAUGUGAAAAAUAUCAUACCAGGCAGUGCUGCAGAUCAUAAUGGCCAAAUUCAUAUCCAUGACAGGAUAGUUGCUGUGGAUGGAAUAGAUAUCCAGGGUUUUGCCAAUCAGGAUGUUAUUGAAGUAUUGCGCAGGGCAGGAGAUACAGUGCGCCUGACUCUAGUACGAACAAAGGCAUCUUCCUCACCUUCCCUUCUUGACAGAUCUUUAGAUGAAGCACCCUCUAAAAUGCCAACCCUCUUUCUAACUGGAGCUGUGGAGACUGAAUCGAAUUUAGAUGGUGAAGAUGAGAUGAAGCAAGAAGAAGCAGAUCAUUUGAAAGGUGAAGAGAAGCCAAGGCUGCUGCUGCCGCCAUCGCCACUGCUGCCACAGACUUUAGAUGCUGUUCCUGGCUCCCUGGAAAAUAAACUGAAAACCAAGUGGGAAAACCUGUUGGGCCCCGAUUAUGAAGUAAUGGUUGCCAUCUUGGAUACACAGAUUGUUGAUGAUGCCGAGUUACAGAAAUUUUCAAAGCUGCUGCCGAUCCAUACUCUGAGGCUAGGAGUAGAGCUGGAUUCCUUCAAUGGACACCAUUACAUUUCUUCCAUCAUGCCUGAUGGGCCAGUGGCCACACUCAACAUGUUGAAGUUGGAGGAUGAGCUAUUGGAGGUCAAUGGUGUUCAGCUCUCUGGAAAAUCCCGCAGAGAAGCUGUGUCAUUUCUAAGAGAAGUGCCCCCUCCCUUCACUUUAGUCUGCUGCCGGCGUCUCUUCGAUGAGGAGGCCUUUGGGGAUGAGGCGAGUGUCACCGAUAUUGUCAUCGAUGAGCCAAAGGUUGAUCUCCGUGAAGAAGUUCCCACUCACGAUGAUGAUGAAGAUGAUGGGGAGUUGGCCCUAUGGUCGACAGAAGUGAAGAAAAUUGAGUUAAUUAAAGGUGCCGAUGGCUUGGGAUUCAGCAUUUUGGACUAUCAGGACCCUUUGGAUCCAACUCGGACUGUGAUUGUGAUCCGCUCCCUGGUAGCCAAUAGUGAAGCUGAAAGAGGGAGGGAAUUACUGCCGGGGGACCGUCUGGUCUUUGUCAACAAUCUUUCCCUGGAGGAUGUCACGCUCACUGAAGCUGUGGAGAUACUAAAGGCUCUACCGCCGGGCAGAGUGAGCCUGGGCAUCUGCAAGCCCUUGGUGGUUGAGGGGAACGAGGAAAGUAAUACACCCUGUGACUUACAACCAAGUGCUUUUGAAGAAACGCCGGGCCACUCUGAACCACUGGAGUCAAUGGAUUCCUCUUUGAUCCUGGAGGCACCCUCGGAGUUCCGAGAUGAUUCCUUCCUUCAUGAAGAAGAUUUGGACAGGCCUUUCCUUGACUUGGGAAGGACAUUCCACGUCCAGUCAAAUGAAAUGGACAACACUCAAGAGGCAUGGGAGAUGCAUGCUUUCCUGAAACCCCGAGCCCCCGAAGUGGGGGAAGAGAGAGAGAUGCUUGUGGAUGAUGUGUAUGACUUCCAGGAUAUCUUUCAGAACGUGGAUCUGUAUUCUUCAUCGCUGGGCAAGGACAAUCCUCCCCUCCCUUCAAGCCAGGAUUUUCACUUUGGCACCCAAUGGCUAAGCCAUCCAGGGACCUAUGAAGCUCAUGAUCUGAGAGCCAUGAUGCACCCAAGUCCCCAGGAGAUACCACAGAACAGAUACAGCAGUGAGGCAAUGAUCAACGAGAAUUUUAGCAAACUUUCUUUGUCCUCCAUCACGUCCUCUGAAGGCAACAGGUGCCAGGCCAUUUUUGAUGACCUUGAGAACCCCGAAUCGAUCCCAAAGAGCAGCCUGGAUUUAGGUCUUAGGAUUCCAAGCAAUUCAGAAGGCCCUGAAAUGCUGGUUGAUCUCCCUAUGACGGCUCAAGAGAGUGAAGCUGCAGACAUUUCCAUCUAUCAGCUGCCCCAGAAGCGAGGGUUCUCCAAGGCUGGAUUGUUGCCAUCCAAAUAUUCAGCAAAUACAUGUGAUUUGCCAGAGAGAGAAGAAGGAGAAGGAGAAGAGACCCCAAACUUCAGUCACUGGGGUCCACCUCGAAUUGUGGAGAUUGCACGAGAAGCCCACGAGUCUCUUGGGAUCAGUAUUGUGGGUGGGCAGACGGUGAUCAAACGCCUAAAGAAUGGAGAGGAGCUGAAAGGGAUCUUUAUCAAGCAAGUCUUAGAAGAUAGCCCAGCAGGAAAAACCCAAGCCCUGAAAACUGGAGAUAAAAUCCUUGAGGUGUCGGGUGUAGAUUUGCAAAAUGCAACUCACCAGGAAGCUGUUGAAGCCAUCAAGAAUGCAGGGAAUCCAGUUGUUUUUGUUGUGCAGAGCUUGUCAUCCACCCCAAGGGUAAUCCCUCCAGUGACUUCCAAGACCAGUCAUCCUCCCAAAACCCAGGAGCGAGAAAAAGAAGAUAGGAAAGAAAAGAGAAGGGGUGGUGCACCCCCUCCAAUGAAACUGCCACCUCCUUACAAGGCUCCUGCAGAAGAGAAAAAGUAUGAUGACGAGGACGAGGAGGAAUUUACUGAGGAAAAAAUCCGGCAAAGGUAUGCAGAUCUUCCCGGAGAACUGCAUAUUAUUGAGCUGGAGAAGGAAAAGAAUGGGCUUGGCCUCAGCCUCGCCGGGAACAAAGACCGCUCUCGAAUGAGUAUCUUCAUCGUGGGGAUUCACCCUGAAGGACCUGCCGGCCGAGAUGGGCGCAUGCACAUCGGCGACGAGCUUUUAGAGAUAAACAAUCAAAUAUUGUAUGGAAGAAGCCACCAAAAUGCAUCCGCCAUUAUUAAGACUGCCCCAACCAAGGUCAAAUUGGUUUUCAUAAGAAAUGAGGAUGCAGUCAACCAGAUGGCCGUCACGCCCUUUCCGUUACCCAUCAGCUCCCAGUCUUCUGUCGAGGAUCAGAGUGGUCCAGAAGCCAUACUCAAUGAAGAAAGCAUCAAGACUGAAGUUGAUAUUAAGCAGUUGCCAGAAAGUGAUCGAAACCAAUUGGAUGAGGCAUCCCAGGUGGUCAGCCAUAUUCUGGCAGCAGAGGAAGCCAAAGGAGGAGAGCCCCUUGCUGACAAAGUGACCAGCCAGGUGAAACAACCCAGAUAUUCUACCAAAACUCCCAUCAGUUCCGAGGAGAUCUCCCUGGCACCAUCUUCCUCAUACCGUUCCCCGGACACAGAGCUCCCAAGCUACGGCAGCUUGCAGGCUCCCUUGUCGGUGGACCCCGCCACAUGCCCUAUAGUUCCUGGCCAAGAAAUGAUUAUCGAAAUCUCCAAGGGACAUUCUGGCCUUGGGCUCAGCAUCGUGGGAGGGAAGGAUACUCCGCUGGAUGCCAUAGUUAUUCAUGAAGUAUAUGAAGAAGGAGCAGCAGCCAGAGAUGGAAGACUUUGGGCUGGUGACCAGAUUUUAGAGGUUAAUGGUCUUGACCUGAGGAACGCCAGCCAUGAGGAAGCUAUAACCGCCUUGAGGAAAACACCCCAGAAGGUGCGACUGGUUGUUUAUAGAGAUGAAGCGCAUUAUAAGGAUGAAGAAAAUUUGGAGAUCUUCCCCGUUGAUCUCCAGAAGAAAACGGGUCGAGGCCUGGGCCUCAGCAUCGUUGGAAAACGAAAUGGAAGCGGAGUCUUUAUCUCGGACAUCGUGAAGGGAGGGGCGGCCGACCUGGAUGGAAGACUGAUCCAGGG